AUGGCUAUUUACGACACCAUCAUAGUCGGUAUGGGAGCGGCAGGCUGUUCCGCUGCCUCGGUGCUCUGCAAGGCUGGCAAGAGAGUGCUAGCUCUGGAGGCGCAGAACAGAGUCGGAGGGAGAGUCAACACCGUACCUUUUGGCAGUGGAGUUGUGGAACUGGGUGCGGAAUGGGUCCAUGGGGAAGUUGGCAAUAGUGUCAAUAAGCUAGCAGUAGAACACAGCGUGCCCUUACUGCCUCAUGACAUCACCCUCAAAUUUUUCAGAUCUGACCGUUCUGACACAGGCUCAGACGACAUCUUGAAUGACCUUGUAGAAUAUGCCUUUAACACUGUUGAUGACCAUCCUAAGGAACCAGAACCGCUUGGACAGUAUUUAACGAGAAGAUUAAAGGAGUACAUCGCAACGAAGUACCCAGAGCUAUUAAACGACAAGUAUUUAAUAGACAAUAUUCUACAUUUCAUAGAUUUGUUUAUGAACAACUAUAAUGCUACUAACAGCUGGGACGAUCUGACCACCCAUGGCAAUUACAAAACUUUAGAAGGCGACCAACAUUUGAGUUUCCAUAAAAACGGAUAUAAAACUGUGUUUGAAGUAUUAUUGAACACCUACCAAGGUGCUUCAGGGUAUCCGAACUUAAAUAUUCGAUUUGAAAAGGUGGUCACGAAGAUCAAGUACCCCCAGGAUCCGGUACAGGAUGUGGAGGUGACCUGCAAGGACGGCUCCACUUAUAAGGGGAGGAAUGUCAUUGUGACCGUGUCCCUGGGCGUGCUGAAAGAAAGUCAUGCGUCGAUGUUUUACCCCCCACUACCUGACUCCAAGGCCACAGUUAUCGAUAAAAUGUCAAUUGGAGUUAUGGACAAGAUAGUGUUGCUAUUCCCAGAAGCCUGGUUUCCAAAGGACCGUUCCUUCUUCGCCUUUAUAUGGAGUGGUGAUGAGAGGUCCAAAAUACCGCUGGAAGAUUUCUGGGUUACUAAAAUAUUUGGCUGCAGUAACCCCAAAGGUUCUGACAGAGCUUUGACAUUGUGGACUAGUGGGAACGUCGCCAAAGUGGUAGAAACCUUACCGGAGGAUCUCGUUAGAAGAAAGUGUAUGGAACUGCUCAGACGCUUUAUGGGAAAAGGAGUUAAUAUACCAGAACCUAUAGACAUAAUUAGAUCAAACUGGCACACAAACCCGUAUACCAGAGGAAGUUUCACGUACGACAACCUCCAAACACAUCAGUACCCUAAUGCCCGCGCGAUCCUAGCAGAGCCCCUUGUGGACUGCAGCGGAGCCCCACGAGUGCUGUUCGCUGGUGAAGCUACCGACAACGUACUCUUUUCUACUGUCCAUGGAGCUAUGGACUCUGGACGUAGGGAGGCGAACAGACUAUUAUCUAAAAGUAAAUUGUAA